GCCCAGUAACGUAACUUCACUUUUGGCCGGUCUCUGAACCGGAAACCGGAACAACAUCAUCGACUGAACAACGCUGCCAUUUUGACUUCUUCAGAAGCGAGAUCGGGAAAACUACGUGUGUUCUUUUAGUCUUAUUUACACAUACCAUAUUUCACCAUGGCUAUGCAAGCAGCAAAACGUGCUAAUAUACGAUUACCUCCUGAGGUGAACAGAAUCCUGUACAUCAGAAACCUUCCCUACAAGAUCACAGCUGAGGAAAUGUAUGAUAUCUUUGGGAAAUAUGGACCAAUACGUCAAAUCAGAACAGGGAACACACCUGAAUCACGAGGAACAUCUUACGUGGUUUAUGAAGACAUUUUCGACGCCAAGAACGCCUGCGACCAUCUGUCGGGUUUCAACGUCUGCAACCGCUACCUGGUGGUCCUCUACUACAAUGCAAACAGAGCUUUCCAGAAGAUGGACACAAAAAAGAAAGAGGAACAGCUGAAGCUUCUAAAAGAAAAAUACGGCAUCAACACAGACCCUCCGAAGUAGCAUUCCAGAAACCCCAUCCAGCUCCACGCCUUUCACCUCCAUCUUCUUUUUCUGUCUUUACAGACAUGACAUGUUCAUUGAUGUAUGCUGGUAAUCUUUUACUGAUACAGCUGUUCAACAUGUCAUUUUUUGAUGAUUUUAAUUAAAGGAGGUGUUAGAUAAUUUCUUUGUUUUUAUUAAGUCAAUGUUGAUUUUUCCAAACCUCGCUUGGUAAUCCGGACAAAGCUAUUAUAAUAAAAGUUUGCUCAACAUUAAGAUGACUGCUUGUAUUCACCUCAUGAUACGUUUUUUUAAAUCUCCCAGAGUAUUUUUCACUUUUUUUUUGUUAAUCUCUUCAUGGGUCAUCUUUUAAUUUAAAGCUAAUGAUGGCCAAGCUGUUUGUGAUAUGAAAUUGCAACGAUCAACCGGCUGUGUGAAGUUUACGAUUUCUGUAAAAUAAAUGUUCUUUUGCUAAAAG